CCUCCCCACAGCCUCACCCUCUUCUGGGCUCUGUCACGGCGGGGACCGUGUAUGGUGGGGCUGGCACUGUCCUCCCGCCAGGACACUGCUCUGCCCCUCUGGCCCUAGCUGCUGCCCGUGUUUGCCCUCCCAAGGAGCAUGCCUGGCCACACCUGGGAAUGGUAGUGUUUGCAGGCAACCCCUGGGUAAGGAGUGGGCGGGGCCUGGGAAAGACUCUGCGAAAACCUGGCAACCUGGGGCCUCCCUGUGGGCUGCGUCUAGCAACUGCCUUGGCGAUGCCAGUGUUGGCUGCAGACACUGCAAUCCAGGGAGAUGUGGGGCCCUGCCGCGCCCUGGCAGAGGCCGGUCUCCACACUCCUUCAUCUCCUUCAUCGACAGCAGGGCUGAGGCCGCUUCUCUGCAGAUAACUGGCAACCAGGGAGGGAGGGGCCUGCCGCGCCCCCUCUCCCCACGUCCUGGGAUGCUGGAUUCCACUGUGGCCGAUCAAAUGGCCCGGCUGACCCUGAAACUCUUGGAGAAGAAACUGGAGCAGGAAAGAGAGGAUGUGGAAGGGGAUUCUGAGGACCCCCACCUUGUGCCAGGACACGAGGACAGGCCGGAUGCAGCCCUGCAGAGUGCCCUAAGGAGGAGGAAGGACCUUCAGCAGAGACUCUGGGAACAACACCUCCUGGAAGAGCUCUCCCGCGCCCACGCCCGCUCCUGGACAGGGCCCAGCAGUGGAGCCCGUGGGUCAGCGCUGCCAACAGAGGUGCCCCCUGGCAUCUACCAUGACGCCUCCCCACCCCCGCCACCCCUGGAGCUGCCUCGGGUCAUCCAACACUUGGUCCCCCAGGCUCCUCCCACCAUCAUUCAGCAGCUACCUCAGCAGCCACUCAUCGCACAGAUUCCCCCUCCCCAGGCCUUCCCAGCUCAAAGGUCUGGAAGUAUUAAAGAAGACAUGGUGGAGAUGAUGCUGCUGCAGAACGCACAGAUGCACCAGAUCAUCAUGCAGAACCUGAUGCUCCAAGCUGUGCCCCCAAUGGCCCCUGCUCCCUCCAGGGGGACGCAAGCCACACCCCUGCCCCCCACCCUGCAGGGCCUGCAGUGGCCUCACCCCGCUGGGCUGCGAGCUGAGAGGCAGAAGCAGCCGUCCUCGGUGCACCAUCACCACCACUAUGCGCCCCCAGCCCCGCUGCAGGCGGCCCCUGGCGCACCCGUGGCUUACUCCACGUGGCCCUCGGUGGUCUCCGCCACCGCCCUCCCACCGGCCGCCAGCUUCCUGCCCACCGUGCGCCACGUGGCCGCCCCCUCUGCCGCUGCCCUUAGCACGACUGUGCCUGAAGGUUUCCUGCCUGCAGCCGCUCCGGCUCCAGGCCAGUGAGCCCCACGGUCCCUCUUCCCUCAGAGAUGUGGCCAGAAAAACCAGGUGGAAGCCUGACAGUGGUCCCUGGCCGCUGAGAUCAACAGGGAUGUUGUCAGAAAAGAUGCCCAGCAGCCACAGGAAGAAGAUCCACAGCAUAGAUGUAGCCGAGUAAUAGAAACCUUCCCAUGGGAGACAGCCCCGAGGCGAGGGAGGAAAGCAGGCGCUGAGACUGUGAUGUGCCGCCCGCCCUGGGAGGAAGCACUGGUGACAGGCAGAUCCACCCCCUCGCCCGGCCUUUCUCUUGUGAAUAAACCCGCAGAGCUGCACGCGACUCCUGAAGAGGCUCCUCUGGUUCUGUUGGGUUUCUCACCGGAAGAAUCUGUUACCUUUACUCUUUUUUUAAAAAAAUGUUUUUAUUGAUUUUAGGGAGAAAGGGAGUGGGAUGCAGAGACAGAAACAUCCCGUGGCUG